GCAAAACUUUGAGGUGCUGCUGUACACGGGAGACAGAAGGAAACUCAGCCUGGCACUUCUCAAGAGGAACUUCUGGCUGGCCUUUUCGGGGGCCAACUGGGCUGGAGAAGUGGCGCCUUUGAGGUCUCGCUCUGGGCCAGAGAAGGACCAGCCCCAACAUGGAGGCCCUUGCUUUGUAUAACUUCCAGGCAUCUGAGAAGGAUGAAUUAGCCUUUAAGAAGGGGGACACGCUGAAGAUUCUGAACAUGGAAGAGGACCAGAACUGGUACAAAGCAGAGCUUUUGGGCCUGGAAGGAUUUGUCCCCAAAAACUACAUCAAAAUGAAACCUUAUCCGUGGUAUUGCGGCAAAAUCUCCAGGCAAGGUGCGGAAAAGGCCCUCCUCAAACGACAGUUCCGGGGCGCCUUUCUCAUCCGGCAGAGCGAAAGCAGCCCAGGGGAUUUCUCCAUCUCGGUGAAUUAUGGAGACCAAGUGCUGCACUUCAAAGUCCUCCGGGAGAAAAAGGGCAAGUAUCAUCUCUGGGAGGAGAAGUUCAACUCCAUCAACGAACUGGUGGACUUCUACCGAACCACCACCAUCGCUAAGAAGAAGCAGGUCUUCCUGAGAGACCAUGGAGAAGCCCAGGAGGUAAGGAACUACCCGGCUUCCCCUUGCUUUUCUUCCAUCCUCUUGUUAACUAAGCCAACAUUCGUCCAAGCCCAGUUUGACUUCUUGGCCGAGAACCCCUCACAGUUGAGCUUCAGCAGAGGGGACAUCCUCAAGAUUCUGGACUGCUCUGACCCCCACUGGUGGAGAGGGAAGCUGGGGGUGAAGAUGGGCCUUUUUCCUCGGAACUAUGUUUUCCCCCUGCGCAUGUGACCUGGCUGGCUGGCUCGGCUGGCGGAAGUGAUCAGCCGUCCCGUCUGGACCUUUUUCUCUCUUGCAAAGUCAACCGAUGCGAUGCUUUGAUUCGCCCUCAACCAGAACUAGGCAAAACUUUCCAUUUUCACACUCCGACCUUGAAAGAGGCCCGUUGCACACCUGGAUGGCUGUUCGGAAGCUGAAAGUUUGGGGCUCAUUGCAGCUCAUUGAAAUACUUUGCAGACUGAUCCCCAUCACUCACCUGGAGCCCAAACAAACCUCUGGAGAUUUCUAAUUAUUU